AUGUCAAAGAACAAGUCACUCGCUCUACAACUCCGACCAGAAACAAACGAAAUCAAGCUCGCGAAGACAAAGGAAUACAUUAAAUACACACCAAUACAACGGGGUAACGUUAUUCCUGAAGAACGCAUUAUCGAAAUUAUCGACGAGGAAAUCGACCCAUUCGACCCACCAAAAUUUAAGUACCAAAAAGUUGUUGCAAGACAGGUUGUGGAACCGGUGCCAAUACUCCACGCCCCACCUAAAAAAGCAACGAAAGAAGAGAUGGAGGAAUGGAAGAUACCUCCAUGUAUAUCAAAUUGGAAGAACAAGAACGGAUACACCAUUGCACUAGAUAAGAGAGUCGCUGCGGAUGGGCGACACUUGGAGCAAACGGAAAUUGGCGAGAGACACGCAGAAUUUGCAGAGGCGUUGUACUUAGCGGAAAAGGCCUCUGCGGAAGAGAACGCGAAGAAGGUUGAAAUGAAGCGGAAAGUGGAAAUGGCGAAGAAAGAGAAGAACGAAGAGGAGAUGCGUAAAUUAGCGAUGGCGAUGAGGAAGUUACGAGAAGAGGAAGAAGUGGGUGAAGUUGAUGAGGGUCGAGAAAGGAGAGACCAGGCCCGAGAAGAGCGUCGAAAAGAUCGAGAAGAGUUUUAUCGCAAAGCCGGGUAUAAAGGGCUUCAAAAGGAUAUGGAGAGAGAGCGGAAACGAGAUGUUGCGGAGUCUAUCGCGCUUGGGAAAAAGGUUGAUUCCAAAGAUCUUAUGUUUGACCAACGAUUGUUUAACCAAGAGAGUGGUGUAACAUCGGGAUUUGGGGAUGAAGAUGAUUAUAAUGUGUAUGACAAAAAUUUGUUCAAUCCUGAGACUCGGCAAUAUCGACCGAAGGAUGAGAAGGAUGAAUGA